CGGCCGGCGAGGGGCGGGGCAGAGGGGUGUGCGUCACUUCCGUUGUCAGGUGGCCGCCGCCGCGGAGCGGAGCGGAGGCCGCGGCCGGGCGUGGGGCUGCGGGAGGCGCCGGCGGCCGCGCCGGCCCCGGGGCCAUGGAGUCCUCGACCUUUCGACCAUCCAGCCUUCUCCAAGGUGAUGCCUCCUGUCUCCUGAGACGUUGGAAAACCUAGUUUGGAAGAAGAGUAAAGAUACAGUUGAUGCUGAACUACAGCCAAGGAUGAAGCGGCGAGCAUCAGACAGAGGAGCUGGGGAAACAUCCGCUAAGGCAAAAGCUCUUUGUACAGGGAUUUCUGGAAAUAAUGCCAAGAGAGCAGGCCCUUUUAUCCUAGGUCCACGUUUAGGUAACUCCCCUGUGCCAAGCAUUGUUCAGUGUUUGGCAAGAAAGGAUGGGACAGAUGACUUUUAUCAGCUAAAGAUUCUGACCUUAGAAGAAAGGGGUGACAAAGGAAUAGAAACCCAGGAGGAACGACAGGGCAAGAUGCUGCUGCACACAGAGUAUUCUCUCCUUUCCCUUCUCCACAAUCAGGAAGGAGUGGUUCAUCAUCAUGGGCUCUUUCAGGACCGAGCUUGUGAAAUUAUAGAAGAUCUAGAAGCCAAUAGAAUGGUCAGAAAAAUGAAGAAGCGCAUUUGUCUUGUGUUAGACUGUCUCUGUGCUCAUGAUUUCAGUGACAAAACAGCAGAUCUGAUCAAUCUGCAGCAUUAUGUCAUUAAAGAGAAGAGACUCAGUGAGCGAGAGACGGUUGUGAUAUUUUAUGAUGUGGUACGAGUGGUAGAAGCAUUACAUAAGAAAAAUAUUGUGCACAGAGACUUGAAACUAGGAAACAUGGUGCUAAACAAAAGGACUCAUCGAAUUACCAUAACAAACUUCUGUCUUGGAAAGCACCUAGUGAGUGAAGAUGACCUGCUGAAAGACCAGCGAGGGAGCCCUGCCUACAUCAGCCCGGAUGUACUUAGCGGACGGCCAUACCGUGGGAAACCCAGUGACAUGUGGGCGUUGGGUGUGGUGCUCUUCACCAUGCUCUACGGCCAGUUCCCCUUCUACGACAGCAUACCUCAGGAGCUUUUCCGCAAAAUCAAGGCUGCUGAGUACACCAUCCCCGAGGAUGGGCGGGUCUCAGAAAACACUGUGUGCUUGAUCCGAAAACUCCUGGUCUUGGAUCCACAGCAGCGUCUGACAGCUUCUGAAGUGCUGGAUUCUCUCAGCUCCAUCAUAGCAUCAUGGCAGUCUAUGUCCUCGCUAAGUGGCCCUUUGCAAGUCGUGCCAGACAUUGAUGACCAAGUGGCUAACCCUGAAAACCCCCAAGAGGUAAAGGUGACAGAGGAGUGCUCGCAAUACGAGUUCGAGAACUACAUGAGGCAGCAGCUACUCUUGGCUGAGGAAAAGAACACCUUGCAUGAGGCCAAGAGCUUCCUACAGAAGCGACAGUUUGGGAACAUCCCCCCCGUGCGACGCCUGGGCCAUGACGCCCAGCCCAUGAACCCUUUGGAUGCAGCUAUCCUGGCCCAGAGGUACCUUCGGAAGUAGCUUCCCACACAUCUGAGAGCACAAGCACCAUCCUGCAAUCUGCCUUUCACGUCACCUACUACAGCUCAACAGCAAUACUGGUGUCCCAUGAUGGAGAAUAAUGUAGCAAUUCUUUUGAGCUCUGUUAAGGGACACGCACUCACACUCACUCUGGAGGGAGAAGACUUUUGAAAAAGCUAGUUUUGAAAGCAGCAAUCUCUUGGCAUCUUCUGGAAUCUUCGUUUUUAAAUCCAAGCCUAGAUGACUAAUCUGCUUUUAAUCAUGACUUUGUAAUCUACCUCUCUUGUCUUUUUAACCAUGCUGUUCUCUGGAUCGAGCAAAGCCUGUCGGAAAGGAGAAGAUUACCAAGGGUGAAGCUGGUUUGCUGGCACAAGCGUUGGGCUGUGUGUAGUAUGGAGAGUCGGCUGAUAGCGUUCGCUCCAUAUGGUUUGAAUAAGCUUAGAUUUAUCUGGGUUUCUUGAAAGUAAGAAUUUCUUGAAACCUUCCACUUCCCUUCAUCUGCAUCAAAUCUUUUUCUGUUUUUAACAUACCACCUGGUUUAAAUGUGUUGUCUAACCCUCGCUGGCUUUGUGUGGGCCUUGGUGCACUGGGGCCUUCAAUAAGCAGCACACAAACAGCCCGGUUGCCUGCUAUGACUAAUCGCUGUUCCUGAGAACACAGCCACGGUGUGAGACAAGAACUGUCAUUGCAGACAAUCACUGCAAGGAUUUAGUCUUGUCCAUAGUUAUUUAAAGGUUUUGCAGAACUUGGCCUAUCUUGGCCUUUGACCUCUCUCUCACCUUUCACUGAUUCUUUUAGUUUCAUAAGAAUAUAUGAUUUAAUCUUAUUUUUUCAGUAGCUUAUCUAAGGUGCAGUUAAAAUUGCAUUAAUUGAUUUAGCAUUUUCACACUUCAUUUGUGGUACAGAUAUAAUAUAUGAGUUACAAUGUGAAAAAGCUUCCCAGAAUAAUCUGCCUAGAAUUAGAAAGGGGCUGGCUGAAGUCUCUACUGUAUUUGUUCUCUAGCUGAUCUUGCCAUCCCAGUCUCGCCAUGGAAACCUGGGGCUUUCUCUGCUGUCCCGGUGUGGUGCUUAGGCUGGAGAAGGGUGUCCCGGUUUGCCACCUAAUGCCACUGGAAGAGCGUUUGACUGUGUUGAGAACAGGAAAGAUUGUUUCUGAGCCUCAUUCUGUGAACUGGAUGCCUCUCUUGCCAGACUAACUGUUCUCGCACACAGAUCCCGUGGCUCGUAGUGCCCCAUCCAGAUUUCCUGCUCAGCAGGGAGGUUUUCGGGUGCCUCUGUCCCCUGGUCCUGGCUGGCCGCAGCACUGGGCCCCGCAGCAGCAGCGAGGCUCUAACACCGCGCACGGCACCGAAGAGGGCCGGGGUGCUCGGAGCUGGGGCCGGGAGCCAGCCGGGUUUGGCACAAGGGAAGGUGCUAGCAGGGAGGGGAGGAGCUGCCCCAGCCCCUGCCCAGCCCUAGGGGUAGGUGUCUAGACCCUGGCCCUGCCCCUGGGGGUCAUCACCAUCAGCGAUGCCUCUCGGAAAGGCAGGGCGUCUCCAGCGCCAGCUUCCUUACCCGUGCCCCUCGCCCUGGCGCGGCCCAAACUGCCCCUUGCCCUGCCGUGGCGCAGGCAGGGAGCGAGUAGCAGAUUUAUGUGUAGCUUGUUGCCUUCUCUUGCCCGAGGCUGGGGAAGCAGCCUGCAUCUAGCGUGUUUAAACCUACAGCUGUCUUCUGGGGGGGCUCUGGUGAGGGACGCCCAGGGCUUGACCUGAAACUCCUUGGCAGCGUCGGGCAUUGUGUUCUGCCUCCGACCUUGCUGAAACAACUUGGCCACCUGCCGGCAGUUAAUCUGUGAACACUAAUACAGACUAGGACGCUUGCACCAACCCCAGCCAGCUGAGCCAGUAGCCUCAAGUCUUAGCCUUAUUUAUUUUUCCAGACGGUAGGUCUGUCCUUGCACACCCCGUGUGAAGCUGUUGUCUCCCUGGUGCCACCAGCAGCGUGGGGCCACCAGCCCCGGUGCAGCCCCGGGGGCCGGACCCUGGCCCCACGCCGGGGCCGCGGCUCUCCCCUCUGGGUUUUCUCCUGCCCCUCUCCCAGCUCGCUCCCUCCCUGGUUUGUGCCCCCUUAUCCCCCCCCCCCCCCCCCCAAAGUUAAAGCAAUAUUCUGGGGACGCUGCGGAGUUGUAUGAUACUGAGUAUUCGGCAGACGAGCAAUCGCCAGUAAAUCCCACUUGUGUUAAAGCGAACUGGAACAGCGCGGUGGUGCGGGGCGGGCGGGCGCCGCGCGGGAGGUGUAUGACGUGCUGUAGAAAAGGAGCCUAUUGUAAAAACAACAAAAAACAAAAAACGGAAAAAAGUUUGUAUAAAGACAUUAUUUUUGUACUACAUCGAAACUACUCCUGCAUGUCGGCAAUAAAACUUCCUAACGAGA